CGCACCUGCCGCCGCUGCUGCGCCCAGACCCCCUUUUAAACCCCAGCAGAUACUGAAAUAACGCUUUAAAAAUUCGAUUUUCACUAACGAUAGUAAUUAAGAAAUGGGGGUCUGGGCUCUUUUUUCCCCCCACGGGGACACGGGGUUCGGUGCUCCCCACACACCCCCUCAUCCCCCGGCGUUCCCCUCAGAGCUCCCCGCGCCCGCCCGGCUGAGGGGCUUUGUGGAGGGCGGGUUUCCCUGAGCGUGGAUUAAGCAGUUCUCCAAACACCGGUGUCCCAGCAGCAGAUGGAGAUGCACAGCCCAUUGCCCAGCCCUGGCUGAACUCCCUAAGAAAUAAAGAAAACCACGUCAAGUCAAAGAGAGGAAGCGAGUGGGAGCUUUCAGGAAAGGCUUUAAAACUGGCUGUUUGCACCCAUUUUGAUUUACAUUAAUUUUAUCUAGCCCUGCUCUACGUUAAAACAGUGAUAAUCAGUUUAACUUCCAUCAGAUUGAACAGACACAGGCUGGAAUUGGACAAACACUUCCAAAAAACCUCACUGGUGGCAAAGUAUUGUUUCCUUCCACAUAACACAGACCCAAGGUAAGAGUUAACUUUAUGGGAGCAGCAGGACCAUGAGCUGCAGUGCAGGGAGCAGCUGCAAUUCCAUCCCCAGCCACAAACCCCGGCGGAGCCGCCGCUCCCGAGGCUGCUGGGACACCCUGGACACGGAUUCCCAGUCCCUGUCAGCACUGGGACACUUCCAAACCCUGCCCUUAGAGAUCUUCCACAUGGUGCUGAAAUAUCUCUCAGUGAAGGACAUCAGCACGCUGAGCAUGGUGUCCAAAAGCCUCGGCCAGCACCUGAUUCACUACAUCUCCACCUCGGCAGGGACCCGCCGGCUCCUCCUGCAGGACUUCCACAACCUGGAGCUGCCCGGCAGGAGGGAGGGAGCCUCCAUCCUGGAGCACUACAAAUCCCUAGGGCUGCUGUUGAAGAGGUGCACGUUGCUGCUGCCCACCAGGGACAGGCUGAAGUACGUACACAAGGUACUCUCAGAAGUCUCCUGUUUUAAGCUCAGUGGUUGUGCCAGCCCUUUGCACUGCCUGGGGUUAAAGUGCUACGGGGUGUUUUUACAGAUCCUGACAGCAGGCUGGGAUGAACUCGAGUGCCACCGGGUCUUUAACUUCCUCUGGGAGCUGAGCAGUUUGGCCAGGAAAGUGCAGACAGUUGUCAGCAGCAGAGCAGGCAGUGCCAGGAAGCUGGAGCUGAGGAUCAGGCUGUACUGCAGGAGGGUCCUGCUCAACCACUGGAUCCACAGGAGCGACUUUGCCUUUUGGCUCACCCGCAUUUUGAAGCCCUGGCCCAUCGUGAACCAGGCCCGGCUGCUCUACAUCAUCUUUGGGCCCGUGUCCUCUCUGGAUGGACACGUGGUGUGGCAGAAAAUGAUAGAAGGACCAACAGAUGAGAGCAGUCUGAAGGGUUUAGCUGAAGCAAUUAAGCUGCUGUAUGACACAGAAGCCAGAGAGUGGACAGCAGAUGAUGUUAUCAGCCUCGUGGAUGAGCUGUCAGUUGUUCCCCAGGAAUGGCUCAUGGAGAACAACGCUCGGCUCCUCCUCCUCAGUGGGAACAACAUCUGCUUCACCUUCAUGGCCAGCAAGGCUGUGAAUGGCAGGGCUGUGGAGCUGGCCAGGCUCAUGGUCUUCAUGGCUUUGGUGUGUGAGAAGGACCUUUACUGCAUGGACUGGGUGGUGAAAAUGAUGCAGAAGGUCUGCAGGGUUUUCAGCACUCCCUGGGAGAGAAACAACUUCCUGCAGUGCCUGGAGAACACCUUUGCCCACAUGCUCAUGGACAUGCUGCAGGCAGUGCUGGCUGGGGGGCACGAUGAGGAGGACAACACCUUCCUGAAUUUGUUCCACCUGGUGAACGCCCAGGCAAACUUCCACAAGGAAAUCCUGUUCCUGGCCAUGAGGAGCAGCCCCAACACCACCUGAGCUCUGCAGACUCUGGCUCCUGGGUUUGGUUUGGAACAUUUGCAAAGAAGUGCCCAGUUAUUUCUUCGAUUCCCAUUCCAGCUGGAGUGGCAGAAGUUGGGACCAUCCCUGUCAGUCCAGCUGAAGGAGCUCCAGGAGCUUUUGGGGACUCCACCGUGGGGUUCCCUGAGCUCUGCUUCUCCAGGGAAGCAGCCUGAGGCCUCUCCCUUGGGAACACGAACUUCAUUCUUUUCCCACUGUGCAUGUCUGCACACACAAUAAAAAUGACAUGGUUUCCAU